AUGUUAAGAAGAUUAUAUUCUACCCAGAGCCAAAAUGUGGUACAGACCCUUGCGGCGGUGAAGAAGCAGGAGCUAGUGCAGACGAUUCCGUUUAUUGGCGGCGAGUUCAGUGCCGAUAACGGGCCCCUCUUCGGGGUUACCAACCCAUAUGAUGGGUCGGAGUUGACAAAAGUGAUGGCAACGACAGAAAGCCAGUUGUCUGUUGCUUUUGAAAACUCGCAAGAUGCCUUUGAUCGGUUCAAGAAGACUACUCCGAGAUGGAGAAGCACGCUUUUGCGGAAGCUUAACGACGCCAUCCUGGCAAACGCAGACGACUUGGCCCGACUGAUCUCGUUGGAAAACGGAAAACCGCUGGCCGACUCGCUUGGGGAGGUGAAAUAUGGCGCCAGUUUCAUGGAGUGGUUUGCUGAAGAAGCUCCCCGAAUUAACGGGUUGUUGAUCGGAUCUGCAGACCCAAGCAAGAGAAUCUCGGCUUACAGACUCCCUGUCGGCCCUGUGGGUAUUUUGACUCCGUGGAACUUCCCCUUGGCGAUGAUCACGAGAAAGUUGGGCGCCGCCUUGGCCGCCGGGUGCACAACGGUGAUAAAGCCUGCUUCAGACACUCCAUUGACAGCACUGGCGUUUGCCAAGCUAUGUCAAGACAUAGAUCUUCCCUCCGGUGUUGUGAACAUUGUGCCUGUCGAAGAGGCCCGUACUCCGGAUUUUGGCAGGCGUUUUUGCGAAGCGGCGGAGCUCAAGAAAAUCAGCUUCACCGGAAGCACCCGAGUCGGCAAGCUGUUGUUGCAGCAGAGUGCUGACACGGUCAAGAAAGUGUCGAUGGAGCUCGGCGGUAACUCGCCCUUCAUUGUCAGUGCAAAGACUAAGGAUAUCGAGAAGGCCGUCGACGGAAUGAUUGCCGCCAAGUUCAGAAGCAGUGGCCAGACGUGUGUUUGCGUGAAUCGUGUCUACGUUGCCGACGCCAUCUACGACGACUUUGUAAGGCUCUUGCUCGACAAGCUCAGCUCCACGGUGCAGCUUGGGCCGGGCAUGGACCCGACCACAACCCACGGUCCGCUGGUCCACCAACGUGCUCUCGACAAGGUGUCCGGGCUUGUCUCCGACGCCGUUGCCAAGGGCGCCACUGUCCUCCUCGGAGGUAACAAGAGACCGGACCUCGGGCCAACAUUCUACGAGUUGACUGUCCUUGGCGACGUCACCCCGGAAAUGGAGAUUUACGAGACAGAGAUCUUUGGUCCCGUGGCAUCCCUUAUCCGGUACACGGGCUCGAUGGCUUCCGUCGUCGCCCAGGCCAACCGCAACCGAGAUGAUGUCGGGCUUGCCGGGUAUGUCUUCAGUGAUGAUGUCACCGAGUGUCGGACAGCCUCGGAGGAGCUUGCCGUCGGUAUGGUAGGCCUCAACAGCGGCCUCAUCAGUGAGGCUGCCCUCCCGUUCGGCGGUGUCAGAUGUUCAGGCUUCGGCCGCGAAGGGAGUGUUUUUGGCGUGGAGGAGUACACGGUGGUGAAGAGUGUCGUGGAAAAGGUGUAG